CACGGAGCGCUUAAGAGGAGGGUCGGGCUCGCCAGGGGAGCCCCAGUGCAGGAGGCUGCGAAAGUUGGGGGAGUGUGCGAAGAGGACUGCGGAGCGCACGCGGGACUAGGCUGCGACGGGUCGCUGGUCCCGGCCAAGGGGAGUGGGAGCCGGCCGGAGAUGCCCUGUAUCCAAGCCCAGUAUGGAACACCAGCGACGAGCCCCGGACCGCGUGACCACCUGACAGGCGACCCCCUGGCCCUUGAGUUCAGCAAGCCUACCAUGGACCUAGCCAGCCCUGAGGCAGCACCCACUGCACCCACUGCGCUGCCCAGUUUCAGCACCUUCAUGGACGGGUACACCGGAGAGUUUGACACCUUCUUAUACCAGCUGCCGGGGACAGCCCAGCCAUGCUCCUCAGCCUCUUCCUCGGCCUCCUCUACGUCUUCUUCCUCCUCCUCAGCCACCUCCCCUGCCUCUGCUUCCUUCAAGUUUGAGGACUUCCAGGUGUACGGCUGUUAUCCUGGCACUCUGAGUGGCCCUUUAGAUGAGACCCUGUCCUCCAGCGGCUCUGACUACUAUGGGAGUCCCUGCUCAGCCCCCUCGCCUUCUACACCCAGCUUCCAGCCACCCCAGCUCUCUCCCUGGGAUGGCUCCUUUGGCCACUUCUCCCCCAGCCAGACUUACGAAGGCCUUCGGGCUUGGACAGAGCAGCUGCCCAAGGCUUCUGGGCCUCCGCCACCUCCUCCAGCCUUCUUCUCCUUCAGCCCCCCGACUGGUCCCAGCCCUAGCCUGGCCCAGAGUUCCCUCAAGUUGUUCCCACCACCAGCCACCCACCAGCUCGGGCAGGGAGACAGCUACCCCAUGUCAGCGGCUGCUUUCCCAGGCUUGGUGCCCACUUCUCCGAACCAUGACACUUCCGGCAUUCUGGAUGCACCUGUGACCUCCGCCAAGGGCCGGAACGGGGCUGCAGGUGGCAGCGAGGGCCGCUGUGCUGUGUGCGGGGACAACGCUUCAUGCCAGCAUUAUGGGGUCCGUACCUGUGAGGGCUGCAAAGGCUUCUUCAAGCGCACAGUACAGAAAAGUGCCAAGUACAUCUGCCUGGCAAACAAGGACUGCCCUGUGGACAAGAGGCGGCGCAACCGCUGCCAGUUCUGUCGCUUCCAGAAGUGCCUGGCUGUGGGCAUGGUGAAGGAAGUUGUCCGGACAGACAGCCUAAAGGGGCGUCGGGGACGGCUGCCUUCAAAGCCCAAGCAGCCCCCAGAUUCCUCCCCGACCAGUCUCCUCACUUCCCUCAUCCGGGCACACUUGGACUCGGGGCCUAGCACUACCAAGUUGGACUACUCCAAGUUCCAGGAGCUGGUGCUGCCCCGCUUCGGGAAGGAAGAUGCCGGUGACGUGCAGCAGUUCUAUGACUUGCUCUCCGGUUCCCUGGAUGUUAUCCGAAAGUGGGCAGAGAAGAUCCCCGGCUUUGCAGAGCUUUCCCCAGGAGACCAAGACCUGUUGCUGGAGUCUGCCUUCCUUGAGCUCUUCAUCCUCCGCCUGGCCUACCGAUCUAAGCCGGGCGAGGGGAAGCUCAUCUUUUGCUCUGGCCUGGUCCUCCACCGGCUACAGUGUGCCCGUGGCUUUGGCGACUGGAUUGACAGCAUCUUAGCCUUCUCACGGUCCCUGCAUAGCUUGGCUGUUGACGUCCCUGCCUUUGCCUGCCUGUCUGCUCUGGUCCUCAUCACUGACCGGCACGGGCUCCAGGAGCCUCGGCGGGUGGAGGAGCUGCAGAACCGCAUUGCCAGCUGCCUGAAGGAGCACAUGGCCACUGUGGCAGGAGAGCCGCAGCCAGCCAGCUGCCUGUCACGCCUGUUGGGAAAACUUCCUGAGCUUCGGACCCUGUGCACCCAAGGCCUGCAGCGCAUCUUCUACCUCAAGCUGGAGGACCUGGUGCCCCCUCCGCCAAUUGUGGACAAGAUCUUUAUGGACACGUUGUCCUUCUAGCCCCUACCCUG